GCCGCCGCCGACAUAUUUAGUGUCAGUCGCCGCCGCCGUUAAUAUUUGUCGGCGCAGGGCUCUCUUGCUGAUACGUGUCAUUUAAAAAUUAAUACUUAAAAACUUAAGGAUUAAAAAAUUAAAAAAAAACUCAAGGAUUAAUAAAAUGCAUACAGUUUUAACUAGAGGAAAUGCCACAAUUGCGUAUACUUUAUCAGUAUUAGCCUGCUUAACAUUUUGUUGUUUUGUUUCAACGGUAUUUCUGGACUACAGAGUUAAAUCUAAUAUUAAUACAGCAAAGAUUUUAGUAAAAAAUGUUCCAGAUUAUGGCGCCUUGAGAGAAAAACACGACUUAGGAUUUAUCACAUUUGAUUUGGAAACUAACUUGACAAGUCUCUUUAAUUGGAAUGUAAAGCAGUUGUUCCUCUUUCUUACAGCGGAAUAUAGCACUGAAGAUAAUGUACUAAAUCAAGUUGUUUUAUGGGAUAAAAUCAUACGUAGAGGCGAGAAUGCUAUAUUAGAUUUCAAAAAUAUGAAUACAAAAUAUUACUUCUGGGACGAUGGUAAUGGUUUAAGGAACAACAAAAAUGUAACACUCUACCUUUCAUGGAAUAUAAUCCCGAAUGCCGGAGUUUUACCUACAGUGAUGUCAUUAGAUUCUCAUCAGUUCAAAUUCCCCUCAGAGUAUGCAUCAGCCUUAAUAUAAUUAUGUUUCGUAUUUUUUAUAUUCCAUAACAGUGUGAGUUUCUUAGCAACACGUAUAAAUUACAUCAAAUAAAACAAUUUAAAAAAUAAAUCAUUUGUGUCACAGAUGAAAAA